UGGAAGGCAAGACUGUCAAACGAAAGCAUUAAUUUUUUGUUUUGUAUUUUUCUUUAUCAAAACUAAUUAAUCUUCUUUCUAUUACAAAAUAAAUAAUAAAUAAAUAUUUAAAAUGAAAAAUAGUGAUUCAGAAAAUAUAUUAAAUUGGACUGACGAAGCAAAUGCUAUAAUACAAGAUGUCAAUAAUCAUGUCAACCACAUCGAAGUAUCCAAAAAACUAAAGAGUAGUGCUACUGAAAUAUUUCUUAAUCUUAGGACACUUGAAAAUACCGAGUUUUGUGUUCGUGCCUCGGGUAAUGGAUUUCAAAUAGUUGCAGAAGAAUUUGAUAAGAACAACUAUACAAAACCUAAAGAUGACGAAGAAGAAGAUGAAGACAUUUUUGAGACUCCUUAUGCUUUGUUGAAUAAAAUAAGUCCUAGUUAUACAAAAUCAUUUGCGAAUCAACUAAGAAAGCAAUUAGAAGCUUUAGAAAGGGAAACUGAAUAAAAUAUAAGUAAUACAACAUAA